UGGGCGCGUGAGUACGCGUUACGGAAGUCCUGUUCCUGUGUUGCAUUGGCGCAGUGUGGUUCAUAUGGAGGAUAAGGGGAUGCUUGACGUGCCACCGACGAAAAGGAGAAGUGCCAUAUGGAAGUACUUUGACCGCUCCAAAACCGCCGGAACAUCUAAAACGACUAUGAGAAAGCCUGGAACACAACAGACCCAGACCUCAGCCCCUGCUUCCAGGACACUGUGCUGGUAUGGAUCCCAUGUGGGAUGUUAUGGCUUUUCUCACCAUUGGAGACCUACUGGCUGCUCAAGAGCACCAAGAGGCUGAUACCCUGGACGGCACUCAACAUCACCAAGCUGGUUAUAACCAUGCUCCUGUUUUCAAUAUCGUUAGCUGAAUUUAUUUAUGCCGGGCACGAAGCCCUCUCCAACGGUGUCGCCCUGCCGUCCGUCUACUUUUAUACUCCACCUUUGAAGACCGCAACGUUUAUGCUGGCAGCGUCCUUAUUGCUAGCUGGUAUGAAGCGAGGCAGGCAAUCCUCGGGGAUCCUCUUCCUGUUCUGGUUUGUCCUCCUCCUCUGCGGAGCUGUGACGUAUAGGUCGUAUCUCAAGUGGUGCUUUUCGGGAGAGAAGGAGUGGACUGGGAAUGCACGACCGGGGCAAGGGUUCUUCUUUGGCGCGUACAUGGCGUACUACCCGCUCGUGCUCGUGCAGCUCGUGCUCAACUGCUUUUCCGACGCCAAGCCCAUGUACAGACAACAUGCAGCUCCUCCUGGAGGGAAGGAGAGCCCGGAAUCUGGAGCAUCAUUCUUGUCCAAGCUUCUGUUCUCAUGGAUCUAUCCCCUCAUCAUAAAAGGCUACAAGAAACCCCUGGAGAACACGGACCUGUGGGCCCUCGGUCGCGGUGAUUGUACUGAAAAUGUCGUUCCUCGCUUCGACAAAUUCUGGCACAGGGAAGUUGCGAGAGUGCCAGCUGAUAACGAAAGGGGUGAAACGAAUGCAUGCUACAGCAACCACAAAGACGAGCAAGUAAAAUUUUCUUCCCCUCCAUCUUCCAAGAAGAAGAAUGCUCAGAAGCCCGGCAUAAUCCGACCCCUGAUCAUGGCCUUCGGUCCGACCUUUCUCCUCGGGGGCGUUCUCAAACUUGGGCACGACGUUCUUCAAUUUGUGUCGCCGCAGCUUCUCAGAGCCAUGAUUGCAUUUGUGGGCUCCAAUGACCCGGCAUGGAAGGGCAUCCUGAUUGCAUUGCUCAUGUUCGCCUCCGCCACUGCACAGUCGCUCGCGCUGUCUGCAUACUUCUGCAAAAUGUACAUUCUUGGCAUGCACAUCCGCACGUGCCUUAUCUCAGCUAUCUACAGGAAGUCACUCGUCUUGUCGAAUGACGCCAAGAAAGAGUCGACGACCGGGGAGAUUGUGAACCUCAUGUCGAACGACGCCCAACGUUUCAUGGAGCUGAUGCCGUUUCUGAGCAUGCUUUGGUCUGCACCUUUGCAAAUUGGGCUGUCCCUCUAUUUCCUCUGGGACAUCCUGGGCCCUUCCGUGCUGGCGGGUGUAGGCAUCAUGGUGCUCAUGGUACCCAUCAAUGGGGUUCUGGCUGCUCUCUCCAAAAAGUUGCAGACGAAGCAAAUGAAAGAAAAGGACAACCGCUUGAAGCUGAUGAAUGAAAUAUUGAGCGGUAUGAAAGUGCUGAAACUGUACGCCUGGGAGGAAUCUUUCCAAAAACGGGUCGAAGGGAUUCGAGACAGGGAAAUCCGAAGCCUUCGACGUAUGGGAUACUUGUCAGCUGUGCAAUCAUUUAUGUGGUCAUGCGCACCCUUCCUUGUAUCGCUGAUGACAUUUGGGACUUACGUCCUGGUGGACGAACAUCACGUGUUGGAUGCCCAAAAGGCCUUCGUGGCACUGACCCUAUUCGACAUCAUGCGCUUCCCCUUGUCCAUGUUGCCAAUGCUCAUCGGCAUGUUGAUCCAAGCGAGUGUUUCUGUGAAACGCUUGAACAAGUUCCUGAACCAUGAGGAGCUAGAGCAGUAUGUUGCACACGACAAAGACAGUGAUAAUCCAGUGAUGGUGGAGCACGGGUCGUUUGCAUGGACGCGUAGCGAGGACCCCGUACUGAAAGACAUCAACCUGACGGUGCCGAAGGGCAGCCUAGUGGCCAUUGUGGGAAAGGUGGGGUCGGGGAAGUCGUCCCUCAUUUCGGCCAUUCUCGGUGACAUGGAGAGAAGGCACGGCACCAUCAAUACUCAGGGGUCCGUAGCCUACGUAGCCCAGCAGGCGUGGAUACAGAACGCUACGGUUCGAGACAACAUCCUGUUCCAAAAGGAGAUGGACUCCGACCGGUACAACGCGACGGUGGAGCAGUGUGCCCUCCAGUCGGAUCUCGCUGUCCUGCCCGGUGGGGACAUGACGGAGAUCGGAGAGAAGGGAAUCAAUCUGAGCGGUGGACAGAAACAGCGUGUGAGCUUGGCCAGGGCAGUGUACAGUGGGGCCGAUCUCUACCUGCUGGAUGAUCCAUUGAGUGCAGUCGAUUCCCAUGUGGGGAAGCACAUAUUCGAGAAUGUCAUUGGACCACAAGGGGUGCUUAAGGAUAAGACCCGUCUGUUGGUGACGCACGGCAUAUCCUACCUGCCACAAAUGGACCUGAUAGUGGUGCUGAAGGACGGCCAGGUUCAGGAACAGGGCACCUACCAGGAGCUCAUGAGCAGGAAGGGUGGCGCCCUGGCCGAAGUGCUCGUUCAGUUUCUCAGCGAAGAGGCCAACGAGGACAUGAUAACCGCAGACGAUGUCAUGGUCGCUGAGGAUAUCCUCCGCCAUGCGGGAGCAGAUAUUGAUAUGACAAGUGCACCGUGUAAAGGACACCCUGUACGACAUUUCAGACAGUUAUCGAUCCAGAGCAGAACUUCAGAUGAGAUGUCUCUGACCGAGAGACGAAAGCUACUGCGCAGAAUCUCCCGACAGCUCUCCGACAGCGGCAGCACAAAUUCGAGACGGGCAAGCAUUGCCUCGGAGAAAUCUCGCCCCGUAGGCUUGGGUCCUCUCGGAGGGAAGAAGACAGUGGGUGAAUCGCCAACCAAGUUGGUGCAGGAUGAAGCUACUGAGACCGGGAAGGUGAAGUGGAACGUGUACUUGACGUACAUUCGUGCAGUGGGUGUGAUGUGGACGAUAUUGAUAGUACUUACAAACAUGGCCUCCCACGGCUUCUCUAUUGGCUCCAACCUGUGGCUCAUCGCUUGGAGCAACGAUCCUCCGAACCCAGAUGGCACUCAGGUCCCGAAGCAGCGAAAUCUCAGGUUGGGCGUGUACAGUGCCCUCGGCUUUGCUCAAGGUGUGACCAUAUUGGUGAGUUCCCUGGGCCUUGCCCUGGGCAGCUUGAAAGGAGCGACUUUGCUGCACAACGGACUUCUCAACACUAUCCUGCGAUCCCCCAUGUCCUUCUUCGACACCACACCUCUGGGACGUGUCGUCAACAGGUUCUCAAAGGAUGUGGACACUAUGGACCUCACCAUCCCGACGACAAUCCGCUCCUGGUUGCUGUGCUUCCUGCAAGUGAUGUCCACCGUGUUGAUCAUCACCCUCAACACACCCAUCUUCCUCGCCGUUGCUGUCCCCAUUGGUAUCGUCUACUACUUCAUACAAUCGGUCUAUAUUGCGAGCUCACGACAACUCAAGAGGCUGGAAUCCGUGACCAGGUCUCCCAUCUACACACACUUUUCAGAGACCCUGUCUGGAGCGACUACCAUCAGGGCUUACGCAGUCCAGGAGAGCUUCAUGAGGGAAUCGAACCAUCGUGUGGAUACCAACCACGUGUGCUACUACCCUUCCAUCAUUGCUAACAGGUGGUUGGCAGUGAGGCUAGAGUUAUGUGCCAGCUUCGUGGUGCUGUGUACUGCCCUGUUUGCUGUCUUUGGAAAGGAGACUCUGGAUCAAGGUGCCGUGGGAUUGUCCUUGGCCUAUGCACUCUCUGUCACUGCAACCAUGAACUGGAUGGUGCGCAUGAGCUGCGAAUUUGAAACCAACAUUGUUAGCGUCGAACGGAUAAUGGAGUACACCAAGACGCCGACUGAGGCCCUGUGGGAGACGAGGGACUCGAAGCCACCCGAAACGUGGCCACAGGGUGGUGAAGUGAAUUACGUGGACUAUGCAACCAGGUACAGGGAAGGGCUCGACCUGGUCAUCCGCAAUUUGAACAUCUCCGUCAAACCCGGCGAAAAGGUGGGCAUCGUUGGUCGAACUGGUGCCGGCAAAAGCUCCAUGAUGCUGUCCCUUUUCCGGAUCGUGGAACCUGCCCGAGGCACCAUCUUAAUAGACGGCAUCGAUAUUUCCAAGAUCGGACUGCAUGACCUUCGUUCGAAGCUCACAAUCAUCCCACAGGACCCUGUGCUCUUUUCUGGUACCCUUCGUAACAACUUAGACCCAUUUGAGGUGAAGAGCGACACAGAACUGUGGUCUGCCCUGGAGCUUUCUCAUCUCAAGAGCUUUGUGUCUGGCCUUGAGAAAGGCUUGCAACACGAAGUGGCAGAAGGAGGGGAGAAUCUCAGUGUUGGACAGCGUCAGCUGGUGUGUCUGGCUCGAGCCCUCCUGCGCAAAACGAAAGUAUUGGUCUUGGAUGAAGCCACGGCGGCCGUGGACAUGGAAACCGACGUGCUCAUUCAGCAGACAAUCCGCAAGGAAUUUGUUGGCUGCACUGUGCUCACCAUUGCCCACAGGCUCAACACCAUCAUGGACUACGACAGGAUUUUGGUUCUGGAACGUGGCCAUGUUGCAGAGUUUGAUUCUCCGUCCAACCUGCUAGCCAAUAAGGAAUCUAUUUUCUAUGCCAUGGCUAAGGGCUCUGGUCUGACGUAGGACUUCCUUCUCCGUAAGCUCCGCCCAACUGAGUGCCCUGGAAGAAGCCUGCCAGGAAAGAACCAAAGAUUUCGACCGGUGGUUUUAGUCCGGCUUCAGCGACGCUGCUUUACGAGGAGCGACUACGUGAAGUGAAGCUGAAGAAGACAAGGGUGUGUGGCGGUGCGGUUACCAGGGCAACGACCGGCAUUCUUGCUUCGCUCUGUCCAAAAAUUGAACUCUGUGAGCCAGGGGCGGAUUUUAACACUUCCCUAUGCUCAGUGUGCGGCCUGACUAUAAAUAGGGCCUGACUUUUUAGGGUUAAACCCGUAUCCGCCCGAUAUUUACCCCCCGAACGAAAACUGUAAAAUUCGGGUUUAACCCGAAUCAACCCGAAAACAUCCGGGUCGCGUGGCACACUCAUAAGCGUGCAUUAAAAUAAAGUUUGAUAACAUUGCUAAACAUUAGUUCCAUGUUAAGACGAAUUUUUAUUAAACAAAAAAAAAAUCACCCGAAUACACCCGAAUUCCUGACGACAGAAUAUACCGUAACGGGAUUUAACCCGAAUACACCCGAAUUUUCAAAUGAAAAAUAUCACCCGAUAUUUACCCCCCGAAUUUGGCCAAAAAUAAAACCCGAAAAAGUCAGGCCCUAACUAUAAAGGGUGCCCCAUCAAAAACGGGCCAGGGGUUAAAGAAAAAACUGAGUGCUCUACACAGAUGGAACUAACUGUACGUGCUUGGCCUGUUGUGUGGUCUAUCCAAAAAUUUUUUUUUUCAUCGCCCUUUGUCUUCGCCCAAGUCGAGACUUUAACGCGAAGUUCGUCACGAAUCUUAUACGCCGCAAGUAGAUGCCUCUCUAGGUUGCGGAGAUACAUGCCUUAAGUCUCCGCUCGUGCGCAAAAAUGAUAGGUUAUCCAAAACUUUUGCGUCCAUCUUGCAGCGCAGUGGGCUCAACACGACAGAAAGUCCCGAAAAUAAACCAGCGAAUAAAUGAAUGAUGUAUGAUUGGAAGAAUAGUGCGGAUAUGUAUAAUUUUCAUAUUAACGAGAAAACGCUGAGGGAAACAUCCUGCGAAUUUGGUUCCCAUUAGCAUUACCACUUCUGCAUUACCACUAUGGCUGUGCACGAGCCAAUGUCGUGGUUCGUUUUUUGAAACGAGGUCACUACCACAGGCGUGUUGUACGUUUUGGAUAACUCUGUGUUUGUUUGGUUGUUUGUUUGUUUGUUUGUUGAUCACCUGUUGAGCGUUGAGCGACUAUCUAAGCUAAACGAAGGCUCAUCACAAAUCGACCUGACAUAAUUAGGAAGUAUGUCUGCAAAACAGCGUAACAGUUUAUCAUUCCAUUUAUAGUGCAAGCUUUUGAACCAGAACAGAGACUGGAUACAGACAAUGCAAAACUCCCAUUGGAGCUUUAUUGUCACAUACAAGGGUUUUAGUUACGAACCUUGGGAUGGAAAGAGGUGUGGAUAUGCCUUCUUCCAGAGGAGAUUCUUGGUAAGUGAUAGCAGUAGAUGUGUGCAUGCCUGAGCAUUUGUGCUGAAGGGUCAUAGAUAGCUCGAGCAUACUGGUAUUUAUUUAUUUAUUUGGAAUUACCCUCAGGGCCCGCAAGCAGAGCGUUAUAGAGGGGUUGGGCAUUACAAAGAUAACAAACUUAACACUUCAACAACACCAACAGUAUUUCAGUAACUGGGCAAGAAUACAAUAAAGGACAUUUUUAAGUAUAACAGCUGAAGUAAUUAGUAAGAAAAGGUCUCUAAAGUGAGUAUUGUCUCGUACAUAUCUCAUGUUGGCUGGAAGGUCAUUCCAAUCACUGAUGGUGGAAGGUAGAAGUGAGUGGUGGUGAGCUACAUAUUGGACGUUCUAUCUUGUACCAGUGGUCAAUGCAUGAAGGUGUGUAAUAUAUAUAUAUAAUAAUAAAGGUGUGUUUACCAUA